AUGGUAGAAAGCGUAGAACAUAUGUUGGGCAACAACAACAACAUCAACAACAACUCUGUCAAUGAUCAGUUCAUUGAGCAGUUUUGUAAACAGUCGUUAAUCAAUACACACAAGCUUUACAAUCAUGCACAUCCCUCCACAGUUCAAUACGCUUCACUACUAGGCGAUGACUCUGAGAGCAGAAGAAUCAAGGUCUACUCAAAGAUUGUUGAUGAAUACUCUCAAGUAAAGGACAUGCCAGCAUCACAAUCUACAUCAUUAGAAUCAUCUACAACAUCAACAUCAACAUCAACACAUAAACAACAGAGCACACCAAUGAACAUCGAUCAUACAUCAAAGGAUAUAGACAGCAUUAUAAGUUCAUUACCAAACACACAAGAUGAUAAACGUAGAAAGUUAGCAGAUGGCAAUAUGAGCAUCGUAUUAUCAACAAACUCAAACAAUCAGUCCAAUCAACUGGCGACGACGACAGGAGGACACUCUCUUACAUUCACAAAGCCAGCUUGGCACCCACCCUGGAAGUUGAUGCGAGUUAUCAGUGGACACACUGGAUGGGUGCGCGCAGUGUCGGUCGAUGUAAACAACGAGUUCUUUGUGACAGGUGCAACAGACAACACGAUUAAGGUCUGGGACUUGGCCUCUGGCGAGCUCAAGCUGACGCUGGUCUAUCACGUUGGUCCAGUGCGCGCACUUCAGGUGUCUCAGCGCCAUCCCUAUCUGUUCUCCGUUGGUGAGGACAACAAGGUCAUCUGUUGGGACCUCGAGGCCAACAGGCCGAUUAGACACUACUAUGGACACAAGAAUGGAGUGUACUCACUGGCACUGCAUCCUACACUCGAUCUACUGUUCUCUGGAGGCAGAGACUCGACGGUCAAAGUAUGGGACAUGCGCACCAAGUCUGAGAUCUUCUCGUUGACAGGCCACAAGGAUACUGUCUGCUCGCUGCUCUCUCAAUCACCUGAUCCUCAACUCAUCUCUGGUUCAAUGGACAGCACGAUCAGACUGUGGGAUCUUGCCACUGGAGGCACCGCUGUAACACUUACCAAUCACAAGAAGUCAGUCAGAGCAAUGGUCAUGCAUGAGAAAGAGUUCUCAUUCGCAUCGGGCAGUGCAGACAACUUGAAGCAAUGGAAGCUGCCAGAGGGUCAGUUCAUCAAGAACCUCUCGGGUCACAACGCAAUCGUCAACUGUAUGGCUUUGAACCAGGACAAUGUGUUGGUGUCUGGUGGUGACAAUGGAUCGAUGCAGUUCUGGGACUGGAAGACUGGCUAUUGCUUCCAGAAGGCACAGACAACAGUACAGCCAGGCUCACUUGACAGUGAAGCAGGCAUUUUUGCAAUGUCAUUCGAUCGCACUGGAACACGUUUGAUUACAUGCGAGGCCGAUAAGACGAUAAAGAUAUACAAAGAGGACGAAGAGGCUAAUGAAUCAACUCAUCCAAUCACAGACUGGAGACCAACAAAGAAUAUUAAGAGGUUC